AUGGUGCGUUUCAACGUUCUCCGUGCACUCGCAAUCGCGUGUGGCUUUGUGUGCGUCGGGAGAAGGUGUCGUCUGGAUUUGGUGGAUGGGCGCUUUGGGAUGACUGCGGUUUGUUCGGACGUGUGGCGGCGUGCGGUUCUGGUUCGUGUUGAUGCAGUGUGUGGAUGUCUUGGUGACGUGAGUACUGGUGACGCGAAACGCGCUAUUUGCGGGUUGUUUAUGUGA